UGCGUUAAUGGGCCUGGGACUCCUACCGACGGCCCUACUCGACCCGACUCCCGGAGGCGGAGAUCGACUUCGCCCCGCCCCGCCCCGCCGCCUUCCUCCGCCGCCGAUCUCCAUCCCGCGAGGGUGAAGCAGCGUUGCCGGCGUCGUCCCCCUCCUGCUCACUUCCUCUUCCUUCCGCUCGCCGCCGGGGGCGCGCUCUCUCUGAUGGUGAUGGAUCCCCUUACCAACAAGGCUGCCUUCAGUGGCCUGAGACAGUAUGUGAAGGAGCUUGAUUCGAACACGCUCCCGCCAUUUCUUGCCCGCGUUUGUGACCCCGUGAAGCCAUGCUCCUUCUCCGAGGAGGAGAUGCUGUGCAUCUUCGAGACCGCCGCGCAAGCGCACGGCCGCAAGAUUGUGCCGCACAUCGCCCUGAUCGUCUCGGCAAUCGUUAGGAUGAUGUCCUCGCGGAAUGCCGUUGGUUGCUCCAAGGUUGUUUGCGCGCUAUCGCGGUACGUUGUUGAUCCUCUGGCGACGGAAGCGUUGAAAAGCGCGAUCAUUGGCUCGCUUUGUCGUCCCUUUGCAGAUUGUCUGAUGAGCACUAAGGUGGAGAGCAACUCUUUUGGCUCUGCUCUUUGUGUCGCCGCGCUUGUGCAAUCCAACAACUGGCGGUUUGCGUCUAACGAGCUGGUUAAUGAUGUCUGCUUGAAAGUCUCAGGGGCCCUAGAGGAGGCGCAUGCUCAGAGUAUCGCGCACUUAAACUUGGUGGUUGUUUUGCUGACACAAAAUCCACUGAUGCUUGAGCCUUAUGGCCGAUCUUUGAUUCGAUCGGGCUUACAGAUACUGGAUGAGAGUGCUAAGGCAAGCAGUUCUCAGAUGAUUAUUUCAUCGAUUCAAAUGAUACAUUCCAUCAUGAAGGGUUUGGAUCUAGGCAUUAUAUCUUCUGAGAUCAGUAGUAUUAUCCAUGCUAUGGAACAAUUCCAGGACGACACUAUGCCAGCCAUCAGCAUUGCAGCUUUCGAGGCAUCUGAGACUGCUAAGCUACUUGUUGGCAGGCAAAAAGAGAGUGGGCAUGACAAUAAUUUGAGUCAGUUAGCAAACUAUUCUGUAAGAAAUGGCAGAAAGGGUUCAUAUUCACAUUCUCUCAUGGAUGAUGCGGAUAUCAGAGACGAUGGUUCAUGUGAUUCACAUUCUUGUGACCUGAACUCUGUUCAUUUGUCUACUGAUUUUGAUUCUCAACAUUCAGUGGGACAAUGUGGUUCUGGAAGCACACGUGCAAGGCGGCAGCUAUGGUGUAACAAAUCUGACAAAUCACAUGGAAUGUCCAAUCAUGACUUAUUUCGCACUGUUAUUCCAGAUAGUCAUGAGGCUUCAGGUUUGAUGGCACAUUUCAGCUCUGUUGAUCCAAUUAAGCCAGACAGGAGGUUGUCAGAUGUGCCAACAAGAGUUGCUGGCCCAUGUUAUGUCUGUUCAGCAGCGCAUGAAACGAAUCACUGCUCUCAGAUAUCCAGGGCACAGGUUUUAUCAGGUGACAUGAGGAUGAAUUCUACUCCAAGAAAGCAACUCCAUUCUUGCACCUUCUGUAGAGACCCAGAACAAGAUGGUCACCCACCACUUGAAAGUCCAGCUAUACAACACUGCUCAGGGCCAGGUACUAAUAUUCUUCAGUUCAGAAAAAACAGUGAGCUUAAGGAAAGAAAAGAAUUUUGGGACUCAAUUCGGCAGGAAAAUCAAUGCCAUAUGCAAAACACUGAUGCCCUAAUAGAAGAUUUGAAGUUCCCGGCUGACGAUGAUGAUGAGGAUUUUGAUGGUGCAGCCAAAUCUCCAUGUCAAGAAUGUCAAGCUGUGAAUGAGAAGAAGACUGGAGGCAAGAAAAGAAAUGCAAACCGUUCUCACUAUCCAGUUUUUCUUUUCGUUUUUGUUGUGGCAAUCAUUGCUCUCUUCUUUCCUUGGUGGAAGGACUACAAAGAGCCUUAUGUUGUUCCUACAUAAACAUAUCUGUUUGUUUUGCGAUGUGCAUCAAGCCAUCCGUUUUUUCAGGAAUUGUAUGGUGGCAAUCUUUAGUAUACAGAAAUUAUAGGCAGCAGUUUACAUGGAUGACUUUGAAUGGUGUAAAUUCUGUGAUAAGGUGAUGGAAUGGUUAAAAAGUUGUACCAUUUCUGGAUGUACUUUUCUCUUAUGUGGUCAUAAAAAUCCUUAGUGUUAUGUAUCAGCAUGGAAGUUGAAGUUCUCUGCUAUGAUAAGAAGUUUCAGUA